GUACGUAUUACGCGCAAGCGUCAUUCGUAGGACUAUACAAACAAUCAUGUAUGUUUACUUAUGACAGUAAAUCACUUAGGAUGCUAUAUGUUAUGUAAACGGAAAGCUUGCUAAAGUGGAGAGCGAUAAAGUACUACAAAACAGACUCUUUGAAUUUAUGCAGUGUAGUACUACGGUGCAUUGUUACAAAGUUAUAUGUAUUUUUGUGUCAUUCAACUAGCUGUGUCUUCACACGAACAAAAUCAGCUGUCAUUUACAGGAAACCCUGAUACUGAAAGAAGAGUCUGUACUGCCAGUUUACGUUUGUUUCAAGGGCAAGACAUUAUCUUGUGGACCUUUUUAGACAUGCUGCAGCCAUUCAAGCUUUGUAACCUGGUACUAUCACGCUCCUUCUCUGGAUAUGUGUCUCGAAUCAGGUACCUUAUGAGAUUAAAGGAGGACGAUGAGGCUUGUCGAGAGGCAUUGAAGUCUGGGAACUUUCUACUUUAUCAUAAGCUUUCGCCUUUACUGCGAAAGACCAGCAGUGGCACUUACAAACUGGCUUCUCUGAAAACCUCAGAUUUGGAACAAAUACUGGAGAAUGUUGGAAAGGACACACACUUUGUUAAUGAAUCUUUUCUUCUGGGAUGCACUGACAAGGGUGAACCACAGUUCUCACUGGAAGUAGGAGAUUUAGACCGCAGUGCAUUGGAGAAGGAGUGCAGAGGGAUGUUUGUGGACCUCAGAAAAGCUUUCUUCAUGUUACCUGGACCAGAGUCUCCUCUUGCAGCCAAGGGACAAGCUCUCCUUCGAUGGCACCAGACCAAUUGCUAUUGCAGUGCCACUGGGCAGCCUACGGUCAGGAACCAAUCAGGAAGUCUCAGAGUUUGUCACAGCAGUGGCAUCACCUACUACCCCAAAAUGGCACCUGUUGUGAUCGUGCUAGUGUCUGAUGGGAGCAGAUGUCUGCUGGCACGCCAGGCCAUGUUUCCUCCAGGCAUGUACAGCGCGCUCUCCGGCUUUUGUGACAUGGGAGAAUCAAUGGAGGAAGCCUUACACAGAGAGGUGGCAGAAGAGGUGGGUCUAGAGGUGGAGAACCUGCAGUACUCUGGAUCACAGCACUGGCCGUUCCCACAAAGCUCCUUUAUGUUAGCCUGCCACGCAACUGUAAACCCAGACAAAACAAAGGUGAAUAUUGACAAGGCAGAACUUGAGGAUGCCCGCUGGUUCACUUAUGAAGAAAUAUCAGAAGCACUACAGAAUCCACCACGUGACCCCAGAAGAGAUCUGCCUGCAUUUUGGGUCCCGCCAUCUUAUGCCAUAGCCAAUCAGCUCAUUCAGGAAUGGGCCAAUCAGCAGCAGCUAUCAAGAAAAUUACAUGGACUCAAGUAAUCAUGCAUCUAUAUGCGUUGAGUUACUACUAAUAUAGAAACUUACCGAUAAAAAAAUAAUAUUCAAAGAAGGACUUUUAUUAUUCUUACAGUAUGCCUGGACUGGGGAAAACUGUGAGAAUGAUAAUAGGAUGAUUGUGAUCAUGAUUUCAUAUCAAGCAAUUAUUAUAGAUAUAUGUUAUAUUUGUAUAAACAAUUAUAUUUGUAGGUGUUGAUGGAUUGCAUCAAGAAGUAUUUGAAUUUGGAUUUCAAGAACACAUCUACCUCAAAUCAGUCAGUACACUAACACUUUUUGCAGAAAAUAUUUUAAUGAACUUUUGUUUUUAAAAUGUACGUUUUUAAUGAUUUUUAAUUGUCUUGCAAUAAAAACAUU